AUGUUCGCCUCUUCCGCAAGACGGCGCUGCCUGCAGGGCGCAAGCGCAACCCUCAAGUCCUCCUCGCCAGGCCUGUUUCCCGCCCAGGCUGCCGCACACUCGCCGUCCAACGCUUGCCGUUCUUUUAGCACUUCGAACGCACGCCAGUCGAAGAUCGGUCGCGCGCCAUUGUCGAUACCUCCGGAGGUUCAAUUCGAGGUUAUUCCACCGGCCAAGGCAAAGAAGAGCAAGAUAUCCAGCCGGAAUGAGCAGGGCGCGACCGUUCAUGUGAAGGGCCCGCUGGGCGAGGUGUCAUACACCGUCCCGCCGUUCGUGGAAAUUGUGCGCGAGACGCCGACUUCGCCGCCUGUAGUCAAGGUCCUGAAUGCGGAGGAGAGACAUCAGCGUGCGAUGUGGGGCACCGUCCGCGCGUACAUUCAAAAUCACAUUCUCGGCGUGUCAGAAGGUCACACGGCAAUUCUGCGUCUUGUCGGUGUCGGCUACCGUGCUACCAUUGAGAAGACUGCAACCACUGUUGCGUCCGAAUACGAAGGCCAGCAAUUCGUCAACCUGAAGGUUGGCUUCUCGCAUCCAGUCGAGUUGGGCAUUCCGAAGGGGGUGAAGGCAAGCACCCCGCAGCCGACGCGUAUACUAUUGGAAGGUGUAGAGAGGGAGGCUGUGAUGUCCUUUGCAGCUGAUAUCAGGGCAUGGAGGAAACCUGAGCCGUAUAAGGGCAAGGGUAUUUUCGUCAACGAUGAAGACAUCAAACUCAAGUCGAAGAAGAUCAAAUAG